AUGGAUCCACUUGUGGCAGAAGUUAACAAGCUGAUCAAUGAUUUGAGUUUUGAGCCAGCAUUGCCUUUGACGAGAUCUGAGUUCACAGACGUCUCGCUCGACACCAUCCGUCUUAUGGGCCGGGCAGAUGAAUUCAUCAAGGAUGGCAUUUUCAAAGACAUGGUGCCCGAGUUUAUAGACAGAACCAGCAAGACAUAUCAUGGCGAAUGCGACGGCCUACACAGGGCCCUCCAAACUCUCAAGGCGGAUGCUGCAAUGUAUGCACAAGGCAAAUGGCCGAAGCCACUGCAGCACAGAUCGGGUCAGCAGUUCAAGAAAGAGAUGAAAGACGAAUUCGAUGCAGCCCAAAAGCAGGCUGACGACAAGAUGGCCAUGGAAGACCUUAAGCGCAAAAUCGAUGCAACAAAACAAUGGGUUGCUUUGAAAGCUAAGGAUCUGGAAACUUUGACUUUUAUUCGCGCGAAGCUCGGCGAGUUCUUUGACAAGAUGCUUGAAAAUCAAAUGCGCAUGAACCAGAACGACAUGCAGAGGAUGAGAGCUCAUGUGGUUUGCAUUCUUUUUGCCAGCUUACCAGAAUACAUGCACAAGGCGGCGAAGAAGUACACAGAUCGAAGCAAGAACAAGGAGGACUCCGACAAGAAACGUGCCGAUCGCGAACACAAAUUCGAUGAACUUAUUCAGGCGUACCCAAAGGUUGCUUUAGCGGUUUUCUUCCGAGAAAUGGAGGAGCGUUUGAUUUCUGUAUGUUUAGCCACGAAAGAGCAAAUGGAGCAAGAAUAUCGUCGUGUUAGGCGCGGACAGCAGUUGACGAUGCUCGAGGACCAGGUCUACAACAUGAAGUCCGAUUUGCAAAAAAACGGCUUGGCCCACCUGGACUCAAGGAUGACGAAGAUUUUCCAGCAGAGCAAGUCCAAGGUGAAGGGCAACAUGGUCCGCUUCAGCUCACCGUCGGCAAGCGCAGAUGAGAACAAGUUCCAAAGCAUCGCGACAAGACGCAAAGACAUCUUCUACGAGAGGACGAUCCAGCUCGCAGCGGCAAGUUUCAGCCAACCGAGAUUCAAAACCAAGGCAGUCAAAAAGUUCCGCGAAAUCUAUGACAAGCCACCGCAGCUUCAGCCGCCACACAUCCCGCAGCAAAAGCAGGCAGUCGCAGCACGGCAGCAGGAACAGCAGCCGCAGCAAUGCAAGCCGCGUGACAUGUACAUGAACCUUCGAAAUCUCCGCCGUUGCCAUUUUGGCAACAAAAGCCGCGGACGCCAAAGCAAAGCUACACCCCAUGUACAGCGUGAAUCGCCCCGCAACCUUGCAGCUCUUUUCUUUGAGUAUGUACAGCAGCUGACCUUGGUUGAUCUGGUUUUGAUUCGGAAGUUUGUUUCUUUGCAUCAUACAGAUAUUGAUCCAGAGACUUUUCCUCCGGCAGCGCAAACUCUGCUCGUCCUUGGAGACAAAUUCAUUCCUUUGGCGCGGUAUUGCCGUGCAUCUUUCCAGUCAUCAGUCCGAGAACUUGUACGCAAAGUCAAACUACGGCUUUUCUUCGACAGCAAGCCCCACAAGCAGCAGAACCACACUCCUUUCUUCAAGAGGUUCCGAUUGCCUUCAUCUUUCAACCCGAAGCUGAAUGCAGAGAUCGAACAAGAAUUGGAGUCAUGGUGCGAGGGUUUAUUGUCAAAGGCCAGCAGCCUCCAAUCUUGGGAGCCGCAGCCCACAAUGCCGUUCUAUAUCAAAAAAGCUCUUAGCUGGCUUCAAGCUAACAGAAGCUCUGUUUGCAAGAUCUCAGCAGACAAAGGAUAUGGUCCUGUUUACAUUUCUGCAGGUUAUCUUCGCAAACAAUAUCUUCGGGAAACCGUCGAUGGUGCCUUCACCGAAGUUUCAGGCAACGAGCUCAUGUGGUAUUUGAUUUCAGCAUAUGACCUUUUGCGAUCCCUUUGUGAUCGUGCUAUUCAGAACCACUUGAUUGAUGUUGGGACGAUGAACUUUAUUCUACAGCCACUCCGCGAUCUGGGAUUCCCCAAUCCAAGCAGAGCUUCACUACCUGCAGUUUUGACAUGCCUGGGCAAAAUCCGAUAUCUCGUGAAGCUACACAAACCAGGAUGCAAGUUACGUCGAGUCGAGGUUGAUACGCGGUCCCCCUUCAACAAUCUGACGAUCUUCGUUUCCAGCAUUUUGCGAAAGGUAAUUUGCAUUUGCGAGACAACGGUCAUGGACUCGAAGCAAGUCUUGUUGGAUUUACUGGACCAUCCACCUCCACUCGGACAUGAUACUCGUCAGUUGGUCUUUGUAGCUGCCGAUUUGGAAGAUUUCUACCCACGCAUAAACUUGGAUUCAUUGCAGGUUUCGCUCUGUUCUGGAUUGGAUAACUACUACGGCGUGAAUCAGGCUGCCAAGGACUUUGUUGCGAAGCUAGUCCUCAUCAUCCUACACAACAAAGCGGCUUUCAUCAAUGGCAAGGUCUACAAGAAACCACGGUCUUUAAGUAUUGGUGAGCGCAUAGCUACCGAUGCUGCAAACAUACACCGAGAACAUCAUUUCAGACCUCUCGUGAGUCAGGCUUUUGAAACUGGACUACUAUCCAAGUAUUAUGGUUAUGUCGACGACACCGCCAGUAUUUUCCUUGGAAAUCAGGCUACUGUUCAGUCUUUCUUGUCAGCUCUUCAGCGCGUUGACACCGAGCAGUUCAAAUGGACUUUCAAAGUGUCAUUUUCUCGACUCGAUUUCUUGGAUCUUUCCAUCAGGUAUGACGGAGAGCAGUUGAACACCUUCGUGUACCGCAAGCCACAACACAAUCCACAGUAUCUUCAUGCGUACAGUGAGCAUCCUUUGCCAUGUCGGAAACAUAUCUUCAAGAGUCAAGUCGCGAGAUUUCUGAUAUUGAACAGCACGGAGUCUGGUUUUCUUGACGACGUGGAAUCUAUGCGACGACAGCUCGCAAACAGAUUGCAUCCAGAAUCAUGGCUUUCACAGGCUACUUACGAUGUGGAUCGUCGGAUGACUUUGUUACACAAGCUUCGAAGUCGGCAUCUUCGGUGUGAACCUGAAAUCCCGUCGACCUCUUCAGUGAACUGUAUUGUCUGCAAUCUCGAGUACAGUAACGUGACCAAACGGCUUGGACUCCAAAAAGCAUGGAACAUGCUGAAAGCUAGAUUGUCACGUUUUGAAGCGUAUAAACAGUCAACACUGCCUGAGGCUACGUUGACAGUGGCAUGGAAAUGUUCUUUCAGUCUUUUCCGGCAAACCUACCGGUACAACUUCGUGCCGGGGUGA